UAGAGUCAGAUAGUAGAAAAACGUUGGUCUUUAAAAUGUACUGAUUCUUCUCUGGGUGGUUAGCUUAGUAUUGUUAGCAGCCUGCUUCACAGUUGGCCUUGUAAGUUAACGUCAGCUAGCAGUAACGUAAAGUGAAGGUAUAAACGUCAACGUUUAGCUUAUCGUUUAUAGUCCUCGUUUACCGGGGUUGCAGUAUUAAUAACAUGUGGUUAGGUGGCGUUAACUCACACGGCUAUUUGUGUUAAAGUUAAAGGUGUUUGCUUAGCUCUUAGCUAGCCAGGUGAGUUAUUUACUAACCAUGGUGUUAGGUGUUUGUGCAGAUUUUAUCUCUUAACUUCCCAACAACAAGCUGCUAAUGUUUUGACUGUAGCUGCACAGUAUAUAUACAUUAAUGUUAGUUUAACCCAUCGGUAUCUGCUCAUGAGACUCUAUUCUUGCCUCUACUUUAGUCACAGUGCUCGGUACUGACUGUCACUGGAACCAGAUGGGACUGACCCAAUUCUGUGUGCAUUAAUUAAGAAACAAAGAGUAUAUAAGUCCUUGAAAAAGGCAUUCAAUUAUCUUAAUUGCAGCUUAUUUUCAACAAAAACCUUUUUAUCUGGAGCUGAAAGAAGUUAAUUAACCAAUUAGUCCAUCAACAGACAACUAAUAAGCAACUAUUUUGACUAUUUGUGUCAUUUUUAACUUAUACAUUACAAGAAAUCAAUGCUUUUGGAGUCAUAAUUGUGAUUUAAAUAGAUUACUAUUAUAGCAAAUUGAGUUUGGGGAUGUUUUUCUUAAAAUCUUCUGUAAUAGGAAGCUGAAUAUCUUUGGGUUGUUGGUUGUUGGUGUGACAAAACAAGACAUUUUCUGCAUAUUUCGCUACUGUUGUGACAUUUUAUAGAUUAUCUGAAAUUUAAGGAAAUAAUUGAUAUGUUGAGCAACAGAUUAAGGUUAACAGUAACUUUUCUAAAGCUUACCUAUCUGCCCAAAUGGACAUAUUCCCCUUUGUAUUCACUUUCUACACUAAUCUGACUGAAUAAAUAGCUUUGUUUCCUAGAUUUGUUUAGUUUAAACGGUCUCUGGAGGUGUCGUUACACCGGUUUUCACUGUGAAACAAAUAUUUUUCUUCUUAGCUCAGUCUUGUUUUUAAGGAGCCUAGUGAAUCACAAGGCUCUGGAGGAAUGUCGCAGUAGGACAGUUUUAUUCUAGCUCAUAAUGAAGCUCUUGCUUUCCACACUGUGUUUUUCUGCUGAGAAAGCUCAGCGAGGGGGGUUUGUUUCCUUUCCUGCUGCCUUCUGACCCAGAAAGGAAGCAGCAACAGCUGCUGCCGUCUUUGUGAUAACGGGUGUGAAACUCUUGUUGGAGGAAUAUAUUUUAACCUCUCUCUCGAGGUGUUGUUAUGGACUUCAUAAGCCUUCCUAAAAAAAGGCUUUUGUUGUGUCCGAACAUGAGUCGAUGCCUCCGGCUGUGCAAACUGAAAUGGGAAGUGCGUCAGUUUGUAACAAAGCUGAGCCUAAACUUUCCCCUGUCUUGAUAUUGCUGUCUGCGGUCUAGUUCUGUCAUUCCUGGAAUUCUGAGAGUCGUGAGCAGACAAAGAAACUUUUUGGCAAUAUCAAAAAUGAGGAUGUAGGAGCACAUUUAUUGCAUUAAAUCAGGGCUCAAACUAAAAACCUCGGGCUUGUGAAAAGUACUUUUACAUCCUCUGAAAGUUGUUCAGGUAAAAAAUAGUUCCCAGAUCAGGCAGUGAAGGACUGCUCCUGUCUCUCUCUUUAAAUACAUCAUCUAUCAUAUAAUAUAAGGUCUCUACCUUAAUUAGAAACCGAAACAAUCUCCUCACAGAGUCUGUCGUCUGCUCUGGAGCUGGUGGACGGAUAGUUUUUGUAGAGUAAAGUAACUAACCCACCUGGCAACCAGUCACCCUCCAUCAUGUCCCCAUCGGUCUGUUGAGCCCGACAGCUUCCUGAGGGAGGCGGCUAGGAGCUAGCUCCCUAGUUAGCUUCGAUAACAUGCAGCACUGCCGGCCCGGCGUCUCCAGGAGGCGGCGCUGCUGAGAGGCGAGUGUUUGGUGUCUGCCGAGCCGGGCCAUGGACGACUUCUCCACCAGGACGUAUGGCACCAGCGGCAUGGACAACAGGCCUCUGUUCGGGGAGACCUCGGCACGGGAUCGGAUCAUCAACCUGGCGGUGGGGGGGUUCACGUCUCUGGUUGUUUUAGUGACCGUCAUCAGUUCCUUUGUGUUCCCCUCGUUGCCUCCACGGCCGCUUAAUGUCUUCUUUGCCGUGUGCAUCCUGUUAGCAUGUGGCUCCGCUAUAAUGCUGAUAUUCUGGUACCGGCAGGGCGAUCUGGAGCCUAAAUUCAGGAAUCUGAUCUACUACAUGCUGGUGUCCAUCGUGCUGCUGUGUCUUUGUGCCAACCUCUACUUCCACGAUGUCAGGUAGAGAUGGGGACACAAGGAGGAAGAGGAGGAGGAGGAGGAGGAGGAGGAAGGGAAGACAUGGCCUUGAGACAUGGAAGGACUACGUGGAGAGACGGACUCCUCACACACUUGAUGGAAUGAUUUACACAUCUGACCUGCAGCAAACUUUUCUUGGACCAAAACCAGUGAAGCUUAAUGGUUCCUGUGGGAUGAAGACUGUCAGACUUGGUGCUGAAACAUAAUGAACUACACACACACACACACACACACACACACACACAUGAUGCACUGUUAGAGGCCAUGAAUCUGCCUGGAGGAUGAAACAGGUGUGUUUACAUGAACGUAAACUUCAUUAUUUACAGUCGGAUCCUCACAAUAACGAGCUCUUAAACAUAUUCGGUUUGGUUUGACGAUGCAGCAGUUAAAGGAAACAUCUGCCCUUUUAUCCCGUUAGUGUCGGCCAAACUUCUUCUGAGUUAUGAUGCAACAUCCUGUAUCUUCUGUCUAACCGAGAGACGGGCAACGCCUCCUUUAAAGGUGAAGUGGUAAAGCGAAGAAGCCACACUGCAGGUUGUAGAUAACAGAAGUAUACGUCCCAGUUCUGUACUACAUACGACUACUAUAGAGUAUGUACUACCACUUGUACACUGUUUUUCAGUUGUACUCGAUGUGAUUUACUGUUGCGUACCAGCAGGAGUUCAUGCACAUCGUCUGCACAUAGAUGUCAAACUUCUCCACCAGAAAGCAAAAGAUGUAAUACUUUUUUGCAGCCGUUAGCAGUGCAAUGAAUUGUGGGCAUUAUUAAGCAUUUUUUGUAUAUACUUAAUGUAGAAUGAACUGUGGAAUUGGGACACAGUCAAACUCCAUUCAAGCUUUAUUUAUAUUCAAGAUCAUAAACGACAAAGAGAUAUCAUUAUAAAGAAUAAAAGCCAAUGCAACUCUCCGAUUUGGUGGGUAAAUGAAUUAUGAUUAAACUAAAAUACAAUUAUAAGUAUUCUCUAUGCAACUUCUAUUGUUCUAUCUUCUAUUUUGUUAUAAAACGGUCCAAAACUCAACGAAUCGACGUCCAAUAAUGACCCCAAAAAAAGGAGAAUCAGAUGAAAAGGUUCGGCGUUGGAGAUACGUUUUACGGGAAUUUAAAACAUCGUAGGAAAAACAACUACGAAUGAGGAUAAUAUCCAGAGGAAAAGACAUUAAAGCUGUAAAUUCACAGGAGAACGGAUGCUUUUGAUUAAUAAACCGUCUUUAAUUACUUUAUACUUUACUUUAUAAUUUUAUACUGUUCAGAUUUGAACAGCGUGGAUGUUUCCUUUAACCAGGAUGUAAAUGAUGAGCAUGUAAACACACCGACUGUGAACUGUAGCACAAACGCAGCAAUAGCACAAGCAGCUUCAGGCGUCUGUGGCAAAUAUAUGCAAAACAGUUGGAAUGUUUUUAUUUCUUCUUUAGCUUAUCUGAUUAUCAUUUAAUUCAUUUUCCACAUCAAGUCUUUUCUUUGAGGAUUUCUUAAAUGCUGCACCAAAGGAAGGUUGACUUGCACGUUUGUGUAAGACACACACACGCGCACACACACACACAGCUGUAGCACGAAUGAAUGGGAACAAUUCACACCGAAGCCACACGUCACUGCACAACAGAUCUUUACAGGGACCGUUAUACGUUUCUAUAUCACGUCGAUGUGUCCGCCAUCGAAACGUUGCACUAAAUAAUUCUGCCAUUCACAGCUCUGAGCCUGGGUUUCCAGAAGUAGCUUUAAGUUUGCUUUCUUUUUUUAUUUUGUAGAUCCGUUUAGCUCGGCACAUUCACCGUGUGAAAGAGAGGUUUGGUUUGCAGACACUGUUUACAUAUGUAGCUGCUUUAGUGAUCCUGAACGAGUGAAACAGAGAAGAUGAAGUAAAGCAGGACUUUGUCUGCAAAAGGCAUCUUUGCACUUAAGUGGAGUGAACCGACUGGACUUUUCAAACUGGAAUCUAACAGUUUUAAAGUCAUAAUUGAUUUAUCUGGGGGUUGUUUUCUCGAUUAGGUGUUUGUAUGUUAGAAUGCUCAUUUUGGUGGUUUAAUCUGAUUAAUCUUCUGUCCAUUCCCUGAUUUAACUAAACGUUUAAGCCCAAAAAGAAGUAGAGUUAAUCUCUAUCGCUGCCAAAAAUCUAAUUCUGGUGUCUGGUUUGGUCUCAAAGUUUCACACAAUCUUAAAGGAAGAGGCUCACAUUAUUCUACAUGUCAACAAAUCCCAGUGUCAGUACGCGUCUCAAUAUUUAAAAAAGGUAAAAUAUAGAAUAAGACCAGACUCUUCCUUUAAGCUCGUCUCAUCUGUUCUUUUUGUUUCUGCAGUAAACCGACGACAGUGACAAACUAAACCCGUCUCAACUCGCCACGACUUUAGGAUUGUGAAAGCCGUGCGUUCCUUUGUUUUAUGGAAUAAAUAAUUAUGUACCCAGA